CUUUUCACUGUUGCUCUGUGUGUUGUGUGUAGGGGUUUUGUGGUAGUGUUUUGCGUGUUAGAUCUAUUGAUCCUGAAUUAAACAUGGGAAAAUGUUUCAGCGUAUCCGAACGUAGCCGGAAAUUGCUUGCUUUUAACGGCCAACAUCACAUUCCAUGAAUUCAUCUUAUAAGUGUCAAUCUAAAAAGCUUAGCUCGUUCGUUUCGAAUAGUGCUGACGGUGCUGAGCGUGAGCAGCAGUCUCCUGCACAUCUGGGAUCUCUUUACUACGCGGGAGGAUAGCUGAUCGGCGCGCCUGCCAUCCCAUCCCGGUGCGGUGUGUUUGUGUGUAAAGCUAUGCAAUGCUGCAGAACUCCAACUUGGCUGGGAGGCAGAACUCGGCUAGCUAGCUGCCGACUGUCCACCCGCUAGUCAGUGUGCUACCAUCAUUCCAUCGUGAAGCUUUAUGUUUGUCGAGCUUGCUCUCCUGCCUGUCCGUAUUGCAAACAUGGUAUGGUUUGGUUCAUCACCAUAAUCAUCACCGCCAUCAUCAUCAUCAACAUCAUCAUCGCCAUCAUCGUUAUCGUUUGUGUGCAUUGUGUUUCUGGCUCCGGGGCUCUCCGGGGUCUCGAUAACAGUGACUAUUAUCAGUGCUCGAUGUGUUGUAGUAUUUUGGCCCAGCAGGAAAAACCAGUGAAAUGACACGAGGACGGCGGUGGUAAAACUUUUCGUCCUGGUCGUUCUGCCCGCACUCUAUACGGCAAAGGUUUCUCAUCAUUAUUUUGCGCUGUUUUAUCCUUUUUUACGCUUCAGUGGCUAUAAUCGAUAGCACAAAAAGUAACGCGAGGCUGUUGCAGAAUUCCUGGGCAAACACAACCAGCGUGCAGUUUUGUGGUGGUGAUUGAAUUUUCCCACAUCUAGUGUUUUGGAAAAGUGCGUGUUUCUUUGAAAUGAUGUAGCGAAGCCAAAGUUAGAAUAUUAGUUUACCACAGUGGCGCCAUCGAGGAAGAGUGAAUUGAUCGAGUAAUAAAAAGUGCGAAAUUAGUCCAGGACAUACAAGUGUUUGUGUUUUUGUAUUACCGACGCAAAUAAAACCGCAAAAAAAUUGCCACACGGAAAUGUCAAUGAAGCAGCAAAAACGACGCCGUGAACAUUGAAGAGAGUUUUUUUACGCAGACAGCUGAGGAAGGAGAAAAAAUUGGUCCUGAACUGUUUCGAAAAUUAGACGAUUGGGACGGCUUAUAAGACGAGCUGUGAUUCCCAUUUCUAUAAUCGACAUGGCAGCGUCAUUUGCAAACUGUUCCUACGGGCCGGAGGCGAACGUUGGCGACGCGACAUCCUUUAAUUACACAGACUGCAGCGGAACCAGCGGAUUGGACGAACGUGAAAAACGGACGACACGUACUGGCAGUUUGACAAAUCACUCGCUGUUGGAUUUGCUGGAAAAACAUAAUCGAUACGAGGGAAUCAAUUUAACGCCGCCGCCAAAAAGCUCCAGCAGCGGUCGGCGGCAUUCGUCGGAUUCGUUUCCCAUGAUAGAGGAUGAAAACUAUCAGAUCCCACAGCGUCAAAUCAAGAAACCCCCUGGAUUGCAACUAGUUCCUCCUCCAGUGCCAAAACGAACCUUUCAGGGCAAGUUCACCCAAAGGCAGUCAGAAUCGUUCGAUAGUCAGAGUCACGCUUCGAGUGGAAGGCUAGAUAGCUACCACCAGCAACAGUCAAAAAGUUACGCUCAAUACCGCCCGGACCGAAUCUGUCAGUCAGCUUUCGAAGAGCAAACUUUUGGAUUUUUUGCACCAAGCAAACCAAAAACUAUCGGUUCCUGCCACACUAGUUUAAGCACGACGAGUUUCGAUGACAUCGGCGACACGGAUGAUUACGUGAUUUUUAACAAGAAAAUGUCCUCAAUAGAAUCCAAUCGGUCAUCCAGUGAUUCCAAUAAAUCUCAAACCACAAUUGACACUGGAUACGUGUCAGCCAAUGAGAAUGAUAGAUCCAUAUUUACAACGGCAAGCUCAACCAAGGGCACCUUUCGAAGUCGUUUCUCCUCAGAAGAUACCCAAUCAUCGUUGGAUAGCUUUCUGUCAUCUGAACUGCACCGGACUGAUACAAUCGAUUCACUGCAAAUGAACGAUUCGCCCUUUAGUUUAAAAAAGAAUAUUUUCAAUUUUGACGUCAAAAGUGGUCAAUUAAGAACUUCUACUUCGAUGUCCCCAAACUCGAACGAUGAGAAAAUGGACAACAGUUCACCGCGCAGCAUCGAAAGCAAGAGUGCUCGCCGAUUGCCAAUGGUUCCAACGCGGAAACAAUCUAACGUUCCACCGAAAAUCCCUCCACCCACUCGAAUAACACCUCCCGCUUUGCCCUCACGUUCCCAGCAAGCAUUCGAAUCGCGCCAACUGCAAAAGCGGCAACAUCAGCAGCAACAGCAACAACAACAGCAGCAGCUGAACAAUGCUCAAUUCAACCACAAAACGAGUUUGGACAACGUCCAAGAGCUUUACAGUCGCCCAACUGGCUUCCGGCGCAACAUGCACAAGCCUCCACCACUGAAUCAAGUACAUCAUUCAAAAGUCAACCAACGGCAGGACUCCAACAUAUCAAGCGACAGUUUUUCGGCUUCUUUCAGCCCGGGCUACAGUAAUAAAAAUAUGGAAGCACCCCUGUUGCAACACACCUCCAAAAUGAACCGUUCGACGAUGCGAAGCCACCAGCACAAGCAGCUGCUACAUCAACAGCAACAACAGCACCAGCAGUCCAACCCAAAUACGUCCCUCGGUACCCCCGUACAGGAUGGCACCAAACAGCAACCAGCCACGCAGCAGGACAGCCUCAACCCGGCAACCGUGCGAUCCGUUCCACCGCGAGUCACCAUGCGGCAAGAUUCCAGCAUAUCGAGCGACAGCUUCAGUCAGACGUCGAGUCCCGGUUACAAUUCGAAAAUCAUGGAAGCACCGCUCCUAUCGCAUGCCGCCAAAAUGCCCAAAGUAUCGAAACCGAUUGCGGUGCGCAACUUGGAGGAAGAUAUUGCCAAAGACUGUGCCGGGGACCAGAACGGAUCGUCGGUCAUCAUCAAAAGUGCAUCAACGCCGGCCAGCUUGCAAACGAUUGUGCGACUGUCCAAUGGGUCGAAUGUGUCGCUGCAGGGAAAGAAACUACAAAUUUUCAAAUCGCGUCGCAGUUCCGAAUCAUACCACUCAAAGCGAGAACGGAUGAAGUUUCGUGCGUGUCAGAUCGCCAUCAAUGCCAUUCUGUUGAUAGGUCUUGCUAUCGGUCUGGCAUCGUAUCUGAGAAAAAAUCCUUCUGUCACCUACGUCAACCAAACGACCAUCGCCCGAACCGUUAACAACCGGCUUCCACCGAUGGAAACGACAAUGGCCCCCAAGGUGGAUCCCAACCCGGCUCCCGGGGUGUGCCUGCCGGUAAUCGUCAAGUUCUGCCAGCAGCACAAAAUACCCUACAACUAUACCGUGUUUCCCAACUACAUCGGACACUUUGGCCAACCGGAAGCUCAAAUGAGCGAUGAUUUCCAGGAAAUUGAUCUUUUUGAGGCCCUGGUAGAUGUCCAAUGCUACGAGCUUGUUCCACUGUUCUUAUGUUCCCUGUUUGUGCCUAAAUGCGGUGCCACCGGAUCCACGGUGACACCCUGUAAAAGUCUGUGUGUUGAAACUAUGCGACGAUGUAGCUUCUUUUUCGACGUUUUCGGGUUGGAGCUGCCAGAUUAUCUGCACUGUCAACUGUUCAGCGAUUCGAUUGACUCGAACCAGAAUGAGUGUGUCGGCAUGGCCGAGUACAAGGAGGCGAAGCAACGAGAGAGACGUCCAGUUAGCUGUUCGGGAUUUUAUUGUGAUAAAGGCCGUUGUAUACCGAGCGAUUGGCGAUGCGAUGGCCACGUGGACUGCGCGGAUCAAACUGAUGAGUCUCACUGUGAUGUGUGCGGGGAAAAUGCAAUUCACUGUGGCGAAGGACGCUGCAUGGGCCAGAAGCACGUUUGCGACGGAGUGCAGGACUGCCCGUAUGGGCAAGAUGAGAGAAAUUGCAUUCGUCUAAGCGAACGCAAUGGAGACUUGGGACGAGGAACUUUGGAAGUCUAUAAAGCAAACCUGAAGCAAUGGGCUCCGGCAUGUGUGAAAAAUUGGGAUCCUGCGACUUCACCGACACUGAUUUGCUCAAUGCUUGGAUACAGCUCAGUGAACUCCAGUCGUACAACGAUGCGUGGUUCCAAUCGAACACUGAUCGGAACCAAAGAUGCGUCGUCAAUGUGGCGAAUGUAUCAAAAGAAAAACACUAACAUGCUGAAGGAGUUCAACAGCUGCGAUGUCAACUCAAGAUAUCCUGUAGCAGAGCUGACAUGCUCGAAUUUCGCGUGUGGAAAGGUUCCGAACAAGAAGUAUCGUAGACCCCAAACCCGAAUUGUUGGUGGAAGUUACUCGAAGCCUGGUGAUUGGCCAUUUAUUGCUGCUAUUCUGGGUGGACCGGAAGAAAUCUUCUACUGUGCUGGAGUUUUGAUUGCUGAUCAGUGGGUUCUAACAGCGUCUCAUUGCAUAGGAAACCAUACCACGGGUAAAAGGAGUAUCAGCGACUGGACCAUUCAGUUGGGUAUCACGAGACGCCACUCGCACGCGUACUACGGCCAGAAGGUGAAGGUCAAAAUGGUGAUUCCCCAUCCGCAGUACAAUCUAAACAUCGCGCACGACAAUGACAUUGCACUAUUCCAGCUUGCCACUCGGGUUGCCUUCCACGAGCAUUUACUGCCGGUUUGUCUUCCACCACCGCACAUCCGCGAACUGAUGCCCGGAACCAACUGCACCGUUGUGGGCUGGGGCAAGCGAGAAGACAGCUCACUUCCAAAUGGAGUCACCUAUGAGCCAGCACUGAACGAAGUCAACGUACCCAUACUGAACCGUGACCUCUGCAUCGAAUGGUUGGAGAAUCUGAACGUGACUGAGGGGAUGAUCUGUGCCGGCUACCACGAAGGGGGACGCGACGCUUGCCAGGGCGACUCCGGUGGACCACUGCUGUGCCCGUACCCGAACGAGAAGGACCGCUGGUUCGUCGGCGGUAUCGUUUCGUGGGGUGUCCGCUGUGCCCAUCCCAAACUGCCGGGGGUGUAUGCUAACGUGCCGAAAUUCAUACCUUGGAUAUUGGCUCAGAUCAACAACCACUCGGUGCUGCAGACGGACACAAUUGGUCGAUAAUUGGGAAUCAUUUGACGUGGUAUCGAUUUUCGGUUUGCUCCAACCGAACGAGAAACCGGAACACAAAAGCGAACCGCCGUCCUCCGGGGGACAACGAGUGAUGUGAGUGAGUGUUUGUUCGACAGGGUCUGAUGCGCCGUGCUUGUAGGCCAGAUAGGACAAUAACGUUACACAGGUGAUAUAAUCAGCUCAAAUGCGUGCCCGUAAUAUAUUGAGGUAAUCAAUUACGUUACCCAUAUCAGUAUAGUAAGAGACGUAUCAUGACAAUAACAAUGCUUCGAUUGAUUCACAAAUCGAUUAUGAAAGCCAUGGGGAUGGAAAUUCAGGAAGCCGACGUGCGAGCGAGGACAACAAAAGAAGUUGGGUGAUUUUUUUUUUGAACGAAAGGUUUUAAAACAUAACGUAAUUGACAUGACAACACAUUUCAACGGAUGAAAACUUUAUAUAAAAAAAAUAUUCCAAAAUCUGAACAGUUGCAUCUAGAGUGAAAUAUAAGAGUUUCAACCAGCAAAUAUCCAAUGUUCAUCCAGAAAACUCUUAUUUGUUAGAAAUUUUGUGAUAUUUGAUUUUUCUAAUUUUUAUUUUUAAACAUCCUUAUCAUUUAUUAGUUUCUGUGACGGCGCCAUCCACAAACUGCGUAACUCUUCAGGAAAAGGGGCCAAGGGCGUAGCUUUUCAG